AUGGCCAGAGGAGAGAGGUGGGGCCUCGGAGCACAGGUAACCCCCUCCUUCAGCCUCUCACAGCUGAUAAGGAACACGACAAAAGGAAAGCAUUUUGGCUGGCCAGGGGAGCUAAAGAGGGAGGUGGACAGGGAUGCAAAAGAAGGGAAGAAUGCGGCCAUUGUGCUUUCCAGAUCCUCUCUGUUUGUCCUCUCCUCUGCUCCAGUCAAGACAGCGUUUGUAGACGCAACAGCAGGAGACAGAGAGAGGGAGCGCACAAGGUCUCGAAGUGGAGGAGAGAGGAGAGAGGGAGCGCAGAAGGUGCCGGAGUUGAAGGAAAGAACUAGAGAGCAACAGGGAGAGGAGGGAGGGAGGGAGGGAGGGAGAGGAGGGAGGGAGGUGGAGAUGGAGGGAGGAAGGGCAGUGUGUGAAACCAGCUCUGACACAGAGGAGGUCUUCAACUCCAGUCAGGACCUGGGUCAUCCGAUAGAUAAGGAGCCACUCUCCUGUCAGCCUCCACCUCCACCUUCUUCAUCUUUACCUUCAGCAGAAUCUGCACCAUCAGAUCAGGCCUUCCUCCAGGCAGCAGCCAUUUUCCAACAGCUGCGUAUGGAGAAGCCAGUCACCCAACAGCUUCUGCAUUAUGGACAAAAGACGGAUGCACCACUACCAGAGAGUGAAGACAAGAUCACACAGAGACAGGCCUACCAGCUCGCCUUCAGCACACUCAAAUACCAAGAAUUACUGGAGGACGUCAUGACAGACAGCUGCUUUCACACUUCUCAGCAUAUUACCACCGACAUGUUGCCUUUGGCCAUGGUGAUGCUGUUUGACUUCCAGGACCGAAAGUUUCUGCUUCGCCAGUGCUCGACAAAAGAAGGACAGGAACCUCUGCAGGAAGUCAGGGAUCUGGAGAGCAGCCUGCGCAGGUGUAAGACCAAACUGGCAGCAUCUCUGGCUCGCUGCCGAGUCAAACAGCGUCUGCAGAGCAUCUCCUGCUUUCUGGUGGACUCUGUCAGGUCCAAACAGCACCAGGCUAAAAGUCUGCCACAUUAUGCAUGGGUCAAUACGCUCAAGUACAGCAUUGAAGAAGUGUGUGAAGUGUUGCAAAGCGUCAGUUUGCGUGAAGUGAAGAAUAUGACUGAGCUGCAGGAGUUGACGUUCUGCAGAGACCCCCUCUGUCCGGACACCCUUGUCUUUUCCAAACAGCUUCAUGCUUGGCUUCAGGAAAACAGCCUCACUAUUACACACACACUGAAGUUGCAGGACAGGAGUGUGUGUUUGGCAGUGACUGUGUUACGCCCCCUGCUGUAUGAUGACAGUGACGUUCUGCUGGUGGGGUCCUUCUCACCUGUCACCGUGGCUCACAUAGCUGUCGUGGCAUCUACACGCUCAGGCCGGGUGUUGAUCUGUGGGGCUGAUCACACGCCAUCACAGAUAGAAGACAUGCGGGAACUACUGGCACAAAUGAACAUGAAGAAUUUUCGAGUCUUGUCUGAAACAUUUUGUGGGCUGAAUGAAUGGAACAACAGCGUACAGCGUUUAAAGGUCAUCAUAGUGCUGCCUCAGUGUUCAUCCUCUGCCCUCAACGACCCAAUACCCACAAUGCAUAGUGAGCAUGGAGACUGGGAGCUGCUGCAGGAUUUGUGUCAUGAUUCAGUGUCAAAGAGCAAAAUGAACACCAUGACCUCCCAGCAGGCACGACAACUCGGACACGCACUCUCAUUCCCAAAGGUCCAGACGGUGGUCUAUUGCACACGCUCAGUGUAUCCUGAGGAAAAUGAACAGCUGGUGAAGAGAGUGUUGGAGAAAACACACACUCACCACAAACUGCUUCCCUUCAGGGUGAACGGGCCGAUUUUCCCCGAUGACUCCCAGUCAGGAGACACAGCAGACUCCAAGUUUUUCAGGCUGGAGCCUUCUCAGUUCACCAACGGCUGCUUCAUAGCGAGGCUGUCCAGACAGGCAGAUCCCACUAAAGUGGAAACAGUCCAGGAUGUGCUGGCAAGGGCGGCAGCAAAGGGCCUCCUGGGUGGAAUAAUCCCUGAACAAUCAAAACCUGGCAAAAAGGGAAAGAGCAAGAAAAGCCAUCAAACAGCGGCGACAAGCAAACCUUCAUCUGCCUCCAGCCAAGGCCGGUCAGGAACGGAGCUCAUGAAUGAACAAGACUCAGAACGUGAAGAGGAGGAAGGAAAGCUGAAACAACACCCAAAACAGACCCAGGUUGGCACUAAGUCUAAAACCAACAAGAAGAAACCAAAGAAGAAGAAAGUCAACUACAGGCGUCUGACAAAAACAAAACCACGGAGAAUCCCCCGUCUUACACUCUCACUAAUGUCCUUUGCAAAAGCCUCUGCCCGCUUGUCACUCAUCACCCCUCUAGUGAAAAAACUCAGAGACCAGCAGAGCAGAUCUGAUUCACCUGCAUCAGCAGGAAAACACCCAUCAUCUGUCCAUCCUGCUGCACCUUCCCACCACACAGGACCAGAGCCUGAGAAGGUCACACUGAAGGACGCAGGUAAAGCAGGGAGCACUCUGAAGGCCCAGAAGAAGAUGGACCCACGUGGGAAGGACGAGGCAACACAUGAGGAUCUGAAACCAUCAGACGUUGCCCUUCCAGAUGUUUCCUCCAAGUCCUGCAGCUCCCUGAGCAGCAGGAGCGAUGCCUCUGUGUCGAGGCAGAACUCAAGCCCUCAGUUUGCACAAACAUCUGCAAAGUCCUCAAAUUCCCAAGACAAUCAGGCGGACUGA